UCAGUACUUCCCUUUCAUGGCAGCUUCUUGCCCAAUUCAGGUACAAAGAUGUGUUCUUUCCGUGUCCACUGGGCUAACCACCGCAGAAUUCAUCGGAGAGAAUUUCUAAUUUUAUCGGAAUCCGAUCCAUCCAUUGGCGGCCUCCGGUGACUUAGAUGUCACUCGGAGCAUUUAUGGAGCUCACAGUCGAAACGAGCGAUGAUGUUUACCCGACAGGGAUGAUAUUGGAAUCCACGUCGUCGUGGCAUCCAUGGAACGGGGGUGUUCGGCUGAGCGAGUGUUUGACCAAGUGCAUGUAAAACAGAAGAUCAUUUAUCUUUAGGUAUACAUUUACCGCAUGGGGAUUUCCUAUGCGCCCGUUUUUAUAGGCAAGUGCUAACAAAACGGAUCGGCGAUUUAAACUCAUCCUAACUAAUUCCUCUCUGCCCGACGCCAAAAGCCUGCUGCGAUUUUUGUUGUUGUGAUUUAUGUGAUUCGCUCUGCGGUGGGAUCUCAGAUCUCGGUUUUUGCUGCCGCGUCGGGAGGCCUUAAAGAGGUGCCGGGAAACUUGUUUCGGUAGACACUCCGGUUUCCUUGCGGCUGGAUCUCGGCGAUGUUGGAGCUCUCCCCGAGCAGCGUAUGGACCUACGAUUCUCAUUUGUAGGAAUCAGUUGCAGUUAAACACAUAUGAAGGCCGAGUUUUGAGAAAAAGGUUCCUCUUAUGACUUUUGAGAAAAUGAAAGAAUGUUCUGAGGGAUCUUUUACUUACGAUGAAAGAAAAGAAACAAGGCCUGAUGUGGAGAACUACGAGGAUGAGCGCAGAAGAACAAGAAUUGCGUCUCUUAGGAAGAAAGCAUUGCAUGCUUCCACUAAAUUCUCUCAUUCUCUGAAGAAGCGAGGUAAGAGGAAAGUUGAUUUCAGGGUUCCUUCAUUUUCAAUCGAGGAUGUGAGAGAUGCUGAGGAGGAGCAAGCAGUUCAUGCAUUCCGGCAAGAACUCAUUGCCAAGGAACUAUUGCCUGAUAAACAUGAUGAUUAUCAUACGAUACUCAGAUUCCUCAAAGCUAGGAGGUUCGACUUUGAGAAAACAAUCCAGAUGUGGGCUGAGAUGCUUCGAUGGAGAGAAGAAUUUGGAACAGACUUGAUUCUGGAGGACUUUGAGUUUGAAGAGCUGGAGGAGGUUUUGCACUAUUAUCCUCAGGGUUACCAUGGAGUUGAUAAGGAGGGAAGGCCUGUGUACAUUGAGAGACUUGGGAAAGUUGAGCCCAAUAAGCUUAUGCACAUAACUACAAUAGAUCGCUACUUAAAAUAUCAUGUGCAAGAGUUUGAGAGAGCCCUGCAUGAGAAAUUUCCUGCAUGCUCUUUUGCUGCCAAAAGGCAUAUUGGUUCAGCGACAACAAUACUAGAUGUACAUGGUGUGGGCUUGAAGAAUUUCAGCAAGACAGCAAGGGAUCUCUUGCUUAACAUGCAUAAGAUAGAUGGCGACUACUAUCCCGAGACGCUACACCAAAUGUUCAUAGUUAAUGCUGGCCAUGGUUUUAAGCUUCUCUGGAAUACUGUAAAAGGAUUUCUUGAUCCCAAAACAACUUCAAAGAUACAUGUACUAGGCACAAGGUACCAGUGUAAACUUCUUGAAGCAAUCGACUCCAGCCAAUUGCCAGAAUUCCUAGGUGGUUCAUGUACUUGCUACAGUGAAGGAGGGUGCCUCAGAUCUAAUAAAGGACCAUGGAAUGACCCAGUUAUAAUGAAGAUUGUAAAUAGUGUUGGAGCAGCAUGUAUUAGGGAAAUCAGACAUGUAUCUGAUGGAGAACAGGCCAAUGCCUCUUAUCGUAUGCGACAUCAGUUAAAGAGAAGAAACAGCGAUACGUCAACUGCUGAAUCAGGAUCUGAUGCUGACGAUCUAGGUUCUCCUGUCAUAUUUAGCACUGCUGAAUAUACUCAUUUAGCCCCAGUUAAUGAAGAAGUUAGAGGUGCAGAUUCAACAGGUUACUACUUCAGCCGUGAUGAACAUUUGGUGUCAGUUUUUAAGCCUGUAGAAUCUGGUGGAAAAGGAGCAGGAUCUGCUUUGAAGUCAUCCACUGAAAUAAAAGAUGAUGGCUGUGCUUUUGCCACUGGAACAUCAAAUUCCCUAGGUGGCUUGUCAACUGAUAGACACAAUACUAUCAAGGAUGAUGCUGAAGAAGGAAAACUACAAUAUAUUUCUAGAGCAUUGAUGAAGCUGUUGGUAAAAGUGUUAUCCUUCCUUCGAAUUUUUCGAAGGAGACCAGAAAGGAGAUUGGAGAAUGUUCAUCCAUCAGAUGUGUCGAGCCUGAUACCUGAUAACCAUAUAGUGAGUGAAGCUGUCAAGGAAGAUAAAGUCACUCCUUACAUAGAACGCCUCGAGAAGCUUGAGUUGAUAUUGAAUGAACUUAGCCGCAAACCUGCAGAGAUUCCACAAGAGAAAGAACAUGCAAUCCUAGAUUCAAUGAACAGGAUAAAAAAUGUUGAGUUUGAUCUUCACAAGACAAAUAAAGUACUGCAAUCAACUGUGAUGAAGCAAUUGGAGAUCGAAGCAACUUUAGAAUCUCUAAAUGACACCAGUGUUAGGACAUUGACCUUGCAUCAAACAAUUCUUCAGACUUUUAAAUUUGUCAAAUAGUCAGUCUGCCUUACCUUAGUAGGAUAGAAGAAAAUUUUGUUGAUACCUUGUGACACAGUAACUUUACACUUCUGAUGUUCUGAUCGAAACCAAAAGGACAUAAUUCCUUCCAUACAUCUUUUUUGUUUUUCUCGAGAAGAAAGAGAAAAAGAAGGGGAAGGAAUGAUGAUCGAACUGCACAGAACUCUUAUGAGCUGAUUGUUUGGCAUGCCAAUCCAGACACUAGAGGGUCCAGUAAAAGAAGCAAAAAGAACAAGCAAAGAGCAAAAUUCAUAGAUAAUACAUGUGUCAUUUCCCGUUUACUGUUUUCUUUUCUUCUUUUUUCUUCUUUAUCUUGAGCUUGUCCACCAGUUCUGUUUGUUGGAUGCAGUAACGGAAUUUAUAUGUAACGCUGCAGUUUGAUGCUUGAUCCUGGCUCAGUUACUGCCCGGUGGAGUUCCAUUGUCUUCAUCCAACCAUUCCAUCAUCAGCAUCGUCAAACUAUACGAUGACAAGUCUUACCAACUGGCGCAUUGCUUGAAGAACGAGUUUGGAUUAUGGUAUACUGAUGAGGGAUAGACGUCUAAAGGUUUUCUCUGACUACUAUCUAUUAGACCUAAAGUUACUACAGUAUUCACUAUUCAUUUGAAUUGUGUACUUGGCGGCACAACUAGACUUAUCUGGUGUAAAAGCAUUGCACAAAAUGUCAAGCUCUGCUCUCUCACAGGAGCACAUAAAAAGCUUCUGCUCAUGUCUAAGAUAUGUGGAUCAUUGAAAGCUAAAUUACUACAUGUAGCAGUGAAGGCAACAGCUACUUUUUCUCGAGGUUCAAAGCAACGUUGAAUCGGAGUAAUAGCGCUCCUUUUUGUGUUUUGUCGUUCUUAAUUUAAUCUCGGGUUUUUGGACUUUGAUAUUGGAUAUCUUUGAUUCAAUAUAAAAGUGAUUAGAUUGGAUUCUGUGUACUUGUUAAUUGCGUAGUUGUUAACGUGCACUUAGCAGGUUGAUCGCAUCGUAAUAGUCUUGUGGCAGAUCAGUUGAAUCUAAACAGCAAAUGCAGCAAGAAUUGUCGUUGAACUGCUCUUCGUCGACAUGCCGCAAUCCGAUACCAUCGAUUAGCUUGCAAGCCGUUCAACAUUCUCAACUUGAAGUCUGACCGCAACACGGAGUCAAUAUUCCAACUUGGAUGGGUCCCACACUGGACGUCUCGACUGCCCUCCGAAACGCCAAAGUAUAUAUAUAUAUAUAUAUAUAUAUAUAAAGAGAAGGAUAAAGAAAUCCGAUGAAAAUUCACCACAUAGUGUAAUCUACAAAUGUUAUCCGGCAUCAGCCAAUCACUUCCACCCACGCCAUCUCCGCCGAAUCCUGUCAUCCAUCCUCCGCCGCACAACACCUCUCACCGCCACCGCCACAAGCCCACCCGACUGCCACCACAAUCGUCAUAUCUGCCAACGCCAUCCACCACAAUCGUCUAUCUAAAGAAAAGAGAGAGAGAGAGAGAGAGAGAGAGAGAGAACAAACAGUACUCCCUGCCAAACUCCCCCAUGGCUUCCACUGUCUUCACCCCCUCCUUCCAUGGCCUCCGACCCCUCAAGCCGACCGACUCCUGCAAGCUGCCCCAGACGCGGGCCGUCGCCGUCAAGCCUUCCCGCUGCGCCCGCAAACCCGGUUCGAUCCGGUCGGAGCUGAACCCGUCGCUGGUCAUCAGCCUCAGCACCGGCCUCUCCCUCUUCCUGGGCAGGUUCGUCUUCUUCAACUUCCAGCGCGAGAACGUGGCGAAGCAGGGCCUGCCGGAGCAGAACGGCGUGACGCACUUCGAGGCGGGCGACAGCCGGGCGAAGGAGUUCUCCGCGCUGCUCAAGUCCAACGAUCCGGUGGGGUUCAACAUCGUGGACGUGCUUGCUUGGGGAUCCAUCGGCCACAUCGUCGCCUACUACAUCCUUGCCACCUCCAGCAAUGGAUACGAUCCCAAUUUCUUUGGUUGAACCUUCUUCCCAUAUAUAUAUAUAUACCUACGUCUUCUUGUUGUCGGGAUCAUAUAUACAUAUACAUAUAUAUGUAUAUGGGGAUGUGAUGACGGUGUGUUUAUCGGUGUGGGGUGCUACUGCUUCUCUUUAUCGAAUGCAAAAAAUUGCUUAUACCA